CUUCCUUAUUAUAUCUAAUAAUAUUGCUUCGAGUUUGCCAGUCUUUCAUAUCACAAUGGAUAAUACACCUGCGCACGUAAUACUAGGCGUCAUUGCUGCCUGUCAAACAUGCAGUAGCGAGACACGUUGGGAUGUAAGCUUCAUAGACGAAAUGAUUCAGCGUGGUUACAAUAUCAACCUAAGCCUUGGCAGCGCUGGGGGUAUCUUAGGUUUUGCUAUAAUAUCCGACAAGCUUCCUCUGGUCGAGUUUCUCCUUAGCCGCGGCGCUGACCCUAACGUCAAUCUCUGUGAAGAGAUCUAUUCGACACUCGAAUUCGCCAUCAUCUCCAACGCAAGCCUGCCUAUUAUUUCUCUGUUGAUCGAUCGUGGAGCUGUUGUCAAACAACGCAGCGCCGCUCUCCUUGCCGCUAGGGGCGGACGUCUGGAUGUCUUAAAGCACCUUAUCGCUUCUGAUGCUGGGAUCGAUUCCAUUCCCAACAAUGAAGAUGUGCACGACAACGCCCGCGAGCAGGACGACUGGGGCACACCGCUCCAUGGGGCUGCUGGAAACGGCCAGGCUGAUUGUGUCGCGUGGUUACUUCAGGCGGGCGCAUCUCGUGACAUCAAAAACCACAACGGCUUAACUCCUAGGGAAGCGGCAGAAAAGAGAGGGCAUGCACGGUGCGUGAGACUAUUGGACCAGAACGGAAACGAAGGUGGCUGUGUAGUUUCGUGAAGAUGAUGUUGGCUCUGAAGAUUAGAAUAGACUAUAAAAUGCCAACCAGAUCGGCCGUCGACUCAAACUUCAUCUAACAUUAAAGACAAUAGCUCCCGAAAGGGGUCCCGUUCGA